GCCUCACGCUAAAGCAGAGGUGGAUUUUGAACUGGAGCCUGGGCAGUUAGCACCUGGUGACAGUGCACUGCCUGGAAAACAAAACAAGCAAACAACAAACAAGGAUUUUAAAAGUCAAGCACAUUCACAGGCGUUCAGCCCGCCCACUCACGCUUUCCCUUGGGCGUCUGCAGCGGUGACACCGCCCUGAGUCCCGCACUGUCCCCUGCCCCUGCCCAGCCAGCCAGAGACACCGAGGACACGUGAGCUCCUGCCCCAGGCUGGAGGGCAGCACCCAGGAGUCCCGCGUCAGCUGUCUGGCAUCCACGGUCCGCUGUCCCUGCAUCUGUCCCCUCAGGCCAUGGAGCCCAGCGAGGUGCACAUGACCCAGGCCAUCCAGCCCGCGCACGCGGACGUCCGCGGAGAGCUCAGCGCGGGACAGCUGCUCAAGUGGGUGGACGUCACGGCCUGCCUGGCAGCGGAGAGACACGCGGGGGUUUCCUGCGUCACCGCCUCGGUGGAUGACAUUCAGUUUGAGGAGACAGCAAGAGUUGGGCAAGUUCUAACCAUCAAAGCAAAAGUUACCAGAGCCUUCAACACCAGCAUGGAGAUAAGUAUCAAGGUUAUGGUUCAGGACAUGCUCACUGGCAUUGAGAAACUUGUGAGUGUCGCUUUCUCCACAUUUGUGGCCAAACCAGUUGGAGAAGAAAAGAUUCAUUUAAAACCAGUCAGACUCCUGACUGAACAAGAUUGCAUGGAACAUGAUCUGGCUUCCGAGAGAAGGAAAGUUCGAUUGCAACAUGAAGAUACCUUCCAGAGCUUAAUGCAGGAAAGCAGCAAGUUUGAAGAUCCCACGUGCGAGGAGGAGCAGGGGGACGAGGACGAGGGAAUGGUGACCAGCGGCACCGCCGUGCAGAGCAUCGAGCUGGUGCUGCCGCCCCACGCGAACCACCACGGAAACACGUUCGGGGGCCAGGUCAUGGCGUGGAUGGAGACGGUGGCCACCAUCGCUGCAAGCCGCCUGUGCCGAGCGCACACCUUCCUGAAGUCCGUGGACAUGUUCAAGUUCCGGGGCGCCUCCACCAUCGGGGACCGGCUCUUCUUCAGCGCCAUUGUCAACAACACGUUCCAGACCUGUGUGGAGGUCGGGGUGCGCGUGGAGGCCUUUGACUGUCGGGAGUGGGCCGCGGGCCGAGGCCGGCACAUCAACAGCGCCUUCCUCAUCUACACCGCUGUGGACGACCGGGCGGAGCCUGUCGCCUUCCCCAGGAUCAAACCCGUUUCCGAGGAUGACUUCAGACGCUACCGGGGAGCAAUCGCACGCAAGAGAAUCCGUCUAGGCAGGAAAUACGUCAUUUCUCACAGAGAAGAGGUUCCCGUCUUUACGCACUGGGACACGAGCAAGCAGGAAUCCCUGAGUGAAGGCAACGUGGAGGCACUCAGAGAGCUGGCGGCCAAAAGCGGCUGGGAAGUGACCAGCGCCUUGGACAAGAUAAAAAUAUACACUCUGGAAGAGCAAGAUGUCAUAUCAGUUUGGGUUGAGAAACGUGUGAAAUGCCCAGCACGCCUGGCUUAUCGUCUCUUGUGCGACUUCACGAAGCGGCCGUCAUGGGACCCGCAUUACACGUCCUGCAACCUCAUAAACCAGGUGAGUGAGGACGACCAGAUCUAUCACAUCACCUGUGCUAAUGUGAACGGCGACAAACCCAAGGACUUCGUCGUACUCGUGUCAGGAAGAAAGCCUCCCACAGACGGGAACACAUACCUGGUGGCAGUGAAGUCGGUGGUCCUGCCGGCCGUCCCACCGUCUCCAUGGUAUACCAGAAGCGAAGUGGUGUGUGCAGGCUUUCUCAUCCAGCCCACCGACAGCAGCUCCUGCACCGUAUCUUACCUGAACCAGAUGUCGGCCAGCAUCCUCCCUUACUUUGCUGGAAAUCUUGGUGGCUGGUCAAAGUCCAUCGAAGAAGCAGCAGCUUCCUGCAUACGAUUCAUAGAGAGUGAUGGACUCAGAAUGACUGACUUUCAGACCAAGAAAAACAGUUCAGAAGAGGUCAAAACCAAACUGCGUCUCAAGACUGGGGCUGGAGUUGUGGCAACUCCAGCUGUCACACUGAGGUGUGGUGUGGUGCACUGUGGACCCCUCAGUACGAGCACAUGAUCCCAGACCCCAGGGGUGGACUGAGGCACUGGCAGCACAGAGCGCUUGCUGUGUCUGCGCCCACACACCCACACCCUACGGCAACGCGCAGACAACGAACUGGGCUCAAUCCAGUGUUAACAACAAUAAUGAAUGAUGAAAUAAAACAGUGACGAUACACUGUAAUAAAAGCUAUGCGGUGUGGUCUAUCACACCACCUUA